UACACGUGGACUGUGGAUAUGUAUUCUGUUCAUAACUACUCCGUAGCAAACUCCUUUGGUCCAUUGUCGUCUUUUCGGUGCUGAUUCCAAGUCCACUAGAAUAAUCUCUCAGCUCUCAUUUUCAUUGCUUAAUUCAGAAGCUGAAUUCAUCAUUUACUUUUCCACAAAAAACCCCUGAGCUGAAUUUCCUCAGCUGUAGAGAGAGGAAGGGACAUGGCGACCAUGGAGAGUUUGAUAGGUUUGGUAAACCGCAUACAGAGAGCUUGUACCGCCCUAGAAGAUCACGGCGGCGGCGGCGACUCCUUUUCAUCCCUCUAUAAUGAACUUCCCACCGUCGCCGUCGUCGGCGGUCAGAGUUCUGGGAAAUCUUCUGUGCUGGAAAGUAUAGUUGGAAGGGAUUUUCUUCCCAGAGGGUCCGGGAUUGUUACUAGGCGACCCUUGGUGUUGCAGUUGCAGAAACCCAGAGAUGGGCUAGAGGAGUAUGCAGAGUUUGUCCAUUUGCCAAGAAGACGGUUCACUGAUUUCUCUCUAGUGCGAAAAGAAAUUGAGGAUGAGACUGAUAGACUUACUGGGAAAACAAAACAGAUUUCUCCUGUUCCUAUUCACCUCAGUAUUUAUUCACCCAAUGUGGUCAACUUGACACUCGUUGAUUUGCCUGGUUUGACAAAGGUGGCUGUUGAUGGGCAGCCAGAGAGUAUAGUCCAAGAAAUUGAAAACAUGGUCCGAACCUAUGUUGAGAAGCCAAACUGCAUAAUACUUGCAAUAUCUCCAGCCAAUCAGGAUAUUGCCACUUCAGAUGCAAUAAAACUUUCAAGAGAAGUGGACCCUUCAGGAGAGCGAACAUUUGGGGUUCUUACAAAGCUUGAUCUGAUGGAUAAAGGAACUAACGCUUUGGAUGUCCUUGAAGGAAGAGCUUAUCGCUUGCAACAUCCUUGGGUGGGUAUUGUGAACCGUUCCCAAGCUGAUAUAAACAAAAACGUUGAUAUGAUGUCUGCACGGAGAAAGGAACAAGAAUAUUUUGCCACAAGUCCUGACUAUGGGCACCUUGUGAGUAAAAUGGGUUCAGAGUACUUAGCUAAGCUUCUCUCAAAGCAUUUGGAGUCUGUAAUUAGAGCAAGGAUCCCUAGCAUUACUUCUUCAAUAAACAAAAACAUUGAUGAAAUUGAAUCUGAACUGGACAACCUGGGCAGGCCCAUUGCUGUUGAUGCAGGGGCUCAACUCUAUAGUAUCUUGGAGCUAUGCCGUUCCUUUUACAAGAUAUUCAAGGAGCAUUUAGAUGGAGGCCGAUCAGGUGGUGAUAGAAUCUAUGGAGUUUUUGACCAUCAACUUCCUGCGGCUUUGAGAAAACUUCCACUCGACCGCCAUCUAUCUGUACAGAAUGUGAGGAAAGUUGUUUCGGAGGCAGAUGGUUAUCAACCUUACUUGAUUUCCCCUGAGCAAGGUUAUAGAAGGCUAAUCGAGGGAUUCUUGAAUUACUUUAGAGGUCCAGCUGAAGCUUCUGUGGAUGCUGUUCACUUUAUCCUGAAGGAACUUGUGAGAAGGUCAAUUGGGGAAUGCCUGGAGUUGAAGCGGUUUCCUAGUUUACAAGUUGCAAUAGCAGCAGCUUCUAAUCAAGCCUUGGAAAGGUUCCGCGAUGAAAGUAGGAAGACAGUGGUUAGACUUGUUGACAUGGAAGCUGCCUACCUGACAGCGGAUUUCUUCAGGAAACUUCCACAUGGAGUAGCAGAGAAAGAGGGAAAUGUUGGUGCUACAACAACAGUGGACCAUUAUACUGAAGGCCACUUCAGGAGGAUAGGGUCAAAUGUGUCAUCUUAUGUUAGUAUGGUGUUGGACACACUCAGGAACACUAUUCCUAAAGCAGUGGUUCACUGUCAAGUGAAGGAGGCCAAACAGUCUUUACUGAACCACUUCUAUAUGGUUAUUGGAGGGAAAGAGGGAAAGGAUCUUGGAAAACUGCUCGAUGAAGAUCCAGCAUUGAUGGAGAGGAGACAACAGUGCGCCAAAAGGCUCGAACUCUUCAAGAAAGCUAGAGAUGAGUUUGACUCUGUAUCUUGGGCUCCCUGAAAUGAACGAGUUCCUCCUUUGUAAUUACAUCUUCUGUCAUGAAGUAACUUUAUCAUAGAAUCUCAUCAUAAAAGAGCAACCCUACGUACAGUCCUGAAUUGGGUCUUAACCUCGUUUUGUACUCGUGUAAAGUGAUUUUGGUGGUUUAUAUAGACAGUGGUUAAUGCAUAUCUCAGCUGUUAUUUCGGUUGCCACUGUUCAUGAUUAGUCCUUAAAUUGUUCUUCUAAUAUAUUUUUUCUUAC